CUUGCUACCCCUGGAGUCAGCCUGCUGCAGGCUGCCCAGGCCAUCCUCCAGGCGGAAGAUGGGGAAAGGCCCUGGGAUGUCGCCCUGGGAGAGCGUGGCCUACCGAGGGCUUUUCCAAGUCCUACGAGAACAAGGUCUGGUAGCAGAACGGGAGUGCACCAGAGAACAGGACUCAGCCUGCACCGUAUUGGAUGGCUUCUACUGCCAGGAGCCCAACCAGGAAUCAGGCUGCACUCUGGCUCAGAAACACACCCAGUGUAAUGGUGUCCAGAUGACUAAAUUACCUGGAACCAGGGGCACUGACACGGUCUGUGAGGACUGCAAGACUGGGUAUUAUUCUACAGAUGGUAAUAAAUGUACAGAAUGGAAAAGCUGCGGGAAUGGAAAGGUGCUGCAAAAGGGAAGCCAAACCAAAGACGCGGUCUGCAACACAGCCCCAAGAAGACAUCACUAUGUUGUAAUAUUAUCAGUGCUGCUGCCGUUGUUGCCUGGUUAGUUAAAUGAGAAAUCAGGUGUAAAAUGGAUCUGGGAUAUGUUUGGUAUGAUAACGAGUUGGAAUGCUCGUUUGGGAGCAAAAAAGUGCAUAUAGACGUAUUCUUAAGUUGGCUGUUUUUAGCCGAUUCUACCAAAACGCUAUAAACUUGGAACGAUAGGGGCAUGUCUCAUGGUAAAAACUAAAUCGCUAUUUUAAACCACUUCCAAGGCUAGAAGUAGCCCGACACUUCUUUGGUGGUAUAAUAAGGGUCUUAACAUGUAAAACAAGGCUUGAUUACUUUGUAAGUGUACAGAUUGUUUAUUAAAAAGGAUGGGUAGAUUGGCGAACACAGAGCUUGUGACAUCCGUCAACAACACGCAAGCUCUGUGUUCGCUAGGGGUGUAACGGUACACGUAUUUGUACCGAACCGUCACAGUACAGGCACUUCGGUGCGGUUACAGAGGUAUACCGCGAUACGUAAAUGUGGCGUACAUAGCGUUAAUAUGGCGAAUGUAAAGGCUUGUUUUGCGAUGCAGAAUUUAAAACUUGAAGUAGGAGUUCCACACGGACCGUUUAGCCCAAGUAUACUACUCCGACUCUGUAAUCCGACUCCGUAACUACGGAGACCCCUCAGCAGCUCUCCGUCGGGAUGUCGAAUACGCAAUGCAAUUCACCGCCCGAUCUAUCUUAUAUGUUGACUACAAACCAUGUAAGCAAUGUUGUAAAUAAACUUCCAAAGCUUUUCAAAUCUUA